CACUCCUCUAUGCCACCAUCUUUGGGAAUGUGACGACCAUUUUCCAACAGAUGUACGCCAACACCAACAGGUAUCAUGAGAUGCUCAACAGUGUUCGGGACUUCCUGAAGCUCUACCAGGUGCCCAAAGGACUGAGUGAGCGAGUCAUGGACUAUAUUGUGUCCACCUGGUCCAUGUCCAGAGGCAUCGACACAGAGAAGGUGCUGCAGAUCUGCCCCAAGGACAUGAGGGCUGACAUCUGCGUGCACCUGAACCGCAAGGUGUUUAAGGAGCACCCCGCCUUCCGGCUGGCCAGCGAUGGCUGCCUGCGGGCCCUAGCCAUGGAGUUCCAGACUGUGCACUGCGCCCCGGGGGACCUCAUCUACCACGCAGGCGAGAGUGUCGACAGCCUCUGCUUUGUGGUGUCUGGUUCCCUAGAGGUGAUCCAGGAUGACGAGGUGGUGGCCAUCCUAGGGAAAGGAGACGUGUUUGGAGAUGUAUUCUGGAAGGAAGCCACCCUUGCCCAGUCCUGUGCUAAUGUUAGGGCCCUGACCUACUGUGACCUGCAUGUGAUCAAGAGGGACGCCCUGCAGAAAGUGCUGGAAUUCUACACGGCCUUCUCCCACUCCUUCUCCCGGAACCUGAUUCUCACCUACAACCUGAGGAAGAGGAUUGUGUUCCGGAAGAUCAGCGACGUGAAACGAGAAGAGGAAGAGCGCAUGAAAAGGAAGAAUGAGGCCCCCCUGAUCUUGCCUCCUGAUCACCCUGUCCGGAGACUCUUCCAGAGGUUCCGACAGCAGAAAGAGGCCAGGUUGGCAGCAGAGAGAGGGGGCCGGGACCUGGAUGACCUGGAUGUGGAGAAGGGUAACGCCCUCACAGAGCGUGCCUCAGCCAACCACAGUCUUGUGAAGGCCAGUGUGGUCACCGUCCGUGAGAGCCCUGCUACCCCUGUGUCCUUCCAGGCAGCCUCCACCUCCAGAGUGUCAGACCAUGCCAAGUUGCAUGCACCAGGGUCUGAGUGCCUGGGCCCCAGGGGCAGUAGCGGUGACUGUGUCAAGCACAAAGGCUGGGCCCGCUUCAAAGAUUCUUGUGGGAAGGGCGAGGACUGGAACAAGGUGUCCAAGGCUGAGUCAAUGGAGACACUCCCUGAGAGGACAAAGGCAUCAGGUGAGGCCACACUGAAGAAGACAGACUCGUGUGACAGCGGCAUCACCAAGAGUGACCUGCGUCUGGACAACGCAGGUGAGGCCAGGAGUCCUCAGGACCGGAGCCCCAUCUUGGCAGAGGUCAAGCAUUCCUUCUACCCCAUCCCUGAGCAGACGCUGCAGGCCACAGUCCUGGAGGUGAAGCAUGAGCUGAAGGAAGACAUCAAGGCCUUGAACACCAAAAUGACCAAUAUUGAGAAACAGCUCUCUGAGCUACUCAGGAUAUUAACUUCCAGAAGAUUCUCACAGUCUCCUCAAGAGCUGUUUGAAAUAUCAAGGCCCCAGUCCCCAGAAUCAGAGAGAGACAUUUUUGGAGCCAGCUGAGAGGUUUGUUUUAAAAUAAACAAACGAAAGUCAAAGACAAAAGCCUGCACCCCUGCC